CGCUCAGCGAUGCACGCAAAAAUCUAGAGAUAACACCCCCGCGGAUACCAGAGAGCAUAUUUGAUGGUCCAUCUCAGCGUCUCCUGCUUUUCAGCGGUGUCGCUGCAUUACAAGCCUACAAACUGACGAAAACAUUCAAUUUGUGGACUAGCGAUAGCUCUACGCGUAUAUUAGACUCAGAAAUUGCUCUAUAUAGAUGGGCAUUGGUAGAUCUCUCAGCUGUACUUGUUAUCUGGUGGUUGAGAAUACCAAGACUACGAUUUCAGAAAUCUGUUUGGCUGGCCAUAAUCGCCUUGCUAUUUGCACUUAAUUGGCUUCUUCUUGGUAGUUGGAAGAUGCCUCUUGCACAAUUAUCUACUGCUAUUAUACCAACAACAUUGAAAAAUGCAUUCACAUUCUACAAGGCUCCAGAGGAACAUAGAGUAAGGCUCAAGGAUGUCGUUGGAAACCGCGAUAAGCACCUUCGGGGUGAACACACAGUUAGAGUUGGUGGAUUUAGUACAGCAAAGAUAAACCCAACAAUCCAGUCAUUUUGUUUACCAGAGACUGUGUCCAGCAAGCCACUCACUGUGCCUAUUCUCUUUAACAACACAGAACCUCUCGUACUCGCUUAUUCUAUCACACCUCUUCUCCCGGAUGGCAGUCUAGGCGAAGAAAGAGAAGUCGAAAUCCAAGGUAGAGAAUUAGAGAAGAAUAAAUACAUUACCGGUUACACAGAUGAUGACAGCGACGACUUUUUCGACCCAAAUCAUGACUUUUAUGCACAUCAAUCACUUGACGAAUUAGCGCUCCUUCCUCGUGGUCAUGGCGUAGCAGCUCCACCGAGGCUACAGAAGACGCAGAACAUUAGGUAUCUUCCACUCACAUCUGCAUCUGCACUCCCACCACCACCAUUUGUCGUUAAACUGAAACACGUCGUGGACAAGAACUCGGAAUUAGAUGCAAGAAUAGCGAGAACAGAGGCCGUCAUCGUCGGGUGUCCUUCAGCAGGUUUCGCAAGUGAGGACAUUCUCGGUGGUGACAGAUGCGUUGGUGAUAAAGUUGGCUUCCAAUUGGGUGUACGUUCGGCUGGUGGCGCAAGCGUUGCUUGGUACAGUAGAGGUCCUGGUAGUCACUCGGAUGUUAGGAAGUUGGACAGUAUAGGAUCAACUGCUUACACGACAUCCGCUCCACAUGCUAGAGCAGUGUCUACUACCACGUCAAUACCAAUUAAUGUUACAUUAGACAAGAGUGGUGAUUAUGAACUUGAGUUGGCUUCUCUUGAGGACUACUUUGGUAAUAAUCCAUAUCCAUCUCUCUACGAGUCUGGUUUGGAGCAGUCAUCACCAAUUGUUCAGUACCAUUCGCACUCACUUCCAUUGGUUUCAUUCUCUGGUUGCUCAGCUGAAGAUCCAGUUAGAUUACUUGAAGGAUCAAAAUCUACCUUAAGAGUCACAGUACGCGGUGUAGAAGAUAGCGAAGGGUCUGUUGACGUUAAGAUAAAGUUCUUUGAUAACCCAGACCUUUCUUCAACGCCUGGUUCUGACAUUAUCAACGUUCACAUUCCAGCUGGUCAACCAUAUGCUGAUAUUGGUGUGUCAAAAUCUGGUUACUACAAAAUUCAAGAAGUUAAUGGUAAAUACUGUGGCGGUGUCACUCAAAUGCCUGAUGUGUGUGGCGUCAAGAGCGUACCAAAACCAACUAUCGAUAUGGAUAUCAAGACUAUAGAGGAUUGUUCAGGAGAAGUCGGUAUACACGCCUUGAUGACACUCACAGGUGAGGCACCAUUUAAGCUAUCAUAUAUGGUGGAGUUCGGAGAUGAGCAGAAGAGGGUAGAAAAGAAGAUCUAUUCAAGCAGAGAUGAGUUGUCUCUCACACCUGAGCGUGAAGGCAAAUACAAGUACACUUUCUUAAGUCUCACUGAUCGCAACUACAAGGACAUCCCAAUGGGUGAUAAAGGAAAGGGUAUCACUGCAACACAGGUUGUUCAUCCACUCGCGGGUGCACAAUUUGCGGAAAAGAAAAACAAGAGGACAGUAUGGAGUUGUGAAGGUAACGAGGUAGAUGUCGACAUUGAAUUUAAGGGUAGUGGUCCAUGGAAUCUCGAAUUCCAAACAACUGGUACGAGUGCGUCAUCUAUCACCAAGCCAGUGACUUAUCAUGAAAACAAUAUUCGCGACCGUCAGCACACAAUUAAGGUACCAAUUCCCGAUGAAAUAGAUAGGCUUGGUGGUCAAUUCAUGAUCAGCCUGGUUAGCGUUGAAGAUAGCAGACGCUGUAAGAAAGUGCUAGCACAAAAUGACUACAGUGUACAAGUGCAGCGUGUCAAACCAACAGCCAGACUCUUCGGUACGGAUAGAGCAACUAUUCUGGAUGGCCAGACAGCCAACAUUCCUGUUAGACUGACCGGUGAAGGUCCUUGGAAGAUUGGCUACAACCAUCAAGGCGAAUCACGUACAGUUACAACUGAUAAACGCGAAACUGAUCUUAUCGUUGAUAGUGAAGGUCUUUAUGAACUUGUCGGUAUUCACGACUCACAUUGCCCUGGUACAAUUAUUGAGAAUGAAGAUAAAUUCUAUUUGGACUUCAUACCACGUCCUUCAAUUACGUUAGGCGAAAGCACAUUGUCAUCUCGCAAACCACGCAAAGGGGCAUUACAUCACACUCUCGCGCCAGUAUGUAAAGGUGAUGAUAGUUCUAUACAUCUCGCUAUCACGGGUGAACCACCAUUUGAAAUAUCGUAUCAACACAGAGAAGGUAGCCUUGUCGAAGAAGAAAGAAUGGCAUCCGUAAGACACUCACCUAAUGUCAAUCUCGAUACUGAAGUUGCGGGUACCCAUAAGUACUUAUUCUCAGCUGUUGGUGAUGCCAACUAUGGUUUAAAGGACAAUGGAAAGGAUUAUGUGGAAAUCGAGCAACUUGUCGUUGAGCGUCCAUACGCUGUGUUCAAGAAUUCACCACGAAUCUCGUACUGCCUUGGUGACGUCUUGAGUCCUCGUCCUCAUGAGCAUAACCCAGUCAUAGAACUCCAUGGUACGGCACCAUGGGAUCUAGAAUUGGAGGUAUCUGAAGAGACGGGUACAACAUCACCACGUCGCGUACGCGUACCUGGAAUAAGAACGCCUGAAUGGGAAGUGGACCUAGCGCCAUUGCGUCUCAACAGUUUUGGUACGCAUAAGAUAACAAUCGUGGAUGUUCAUGAUGCUAGCGAUUGUGUUGCAUUUGACGAGGAUACACAAUCGAAGAAGACGUCGGUUGUAGAUGUAGCUGAAUCUGCGACUGUCGUACCUGUCGAUAGAUUUGAGGAUGUAUGUGUCGGUGACAGUAUGGAUUUCCAACUAGGUGGAAGUGCACCAUGGGCUGUAACCUACGAGUGGAAUGGUAAACCACAAGUUGUGAAGACCAAAUCGUCUAAUUUCAAUAGAAUAGCUGAAGAUGAAGGUCUUUUCGCAAUCACUGAAGUAUCGCAUCAUAGUCAACAGUGUCCAACUAAUGUCGACAUCAAGAGAAUUGUCCAUCCGCUGCCGUCUGCUAGUGUGAGUGAGGGUAAUACCUACAUUGAGGACAUCAGGGAAGGUGAUCAAGCUGAGAUCAAAUUCACGUUCGUUGGUACUCCACCAUUCACGUUUACUUAUGAGCGCCGCGAGAACCUCCCUCGGGUCAGACACCACGAGCUUGGCAAGGUAUUAGAAAGACAUACGAUCACGAAUGUACAAGAUUACGAGCACUCAAUAUUUUCGUCAUUGGAAGGCACUUACGUCGUCUCGUUCAUCCAAGAUGGCUACUGUCGUUACCCAAAGGACACAAGAAGGCGUUAGUUAGCUAAUUAAUUAGCGCUAAUCAGUUAUAAAUCCGCAUUGUUAUCUUAUAAAAAGCUACAAAUUGUAUAUAAGCUCUUAAUUUAUAUAAUUACACAUGAAAUCAAUCUGUUCAACUAAUUGGUGGUACUGGGGGCGUCACGCCAGGUGCAACUGGAGGUGGUAGGACACCUGGUGGUGGUGCAUUUUGAGGGUUCUGAGUAGGUACUGCUCCUGGUGCUGGCAUCCUACCGCCGCUCAUGAUAUGACGAUGUCCUUGUAAUUGUACGUAGAAAUCGGCGUCACUGAUCACGCCCUUAAAUAUACGCUUGCGCUUGGCUGGCUGAUUCUUCUUGUUAAGGUCAAUUCCUCGUGCCUCAGCUCUACGACGAUCGUAUUCCGCCUUAUCGUGUGCUGGUACACCCUCCAUACCGAAAAUCUCAAUCUCGAAUGUGCUCCUGCCGGGUAAAGCAUUCUCUAUCCUAUCAGCUUCCAGUUUGUGUACUUGCUGCACGUGGACAGCCAAACCAUUCGCCGUGUUCAAUCUACGUGGACAGAGUGAGCACCUGAAAUGCUUAGCCUUUUGGUGACUGAUUAGAACUUUAUCGUCUUCGAAUUCUCUCUCGCAGUACCAGCACC